AUGGCUGUCAGGUCAUUCUCCCUCUUCGCUAACUCAUCCACAUUAAGCACCUCAGGCCGGGUCUCUGUCAAAUUAUUCGGCCGGAAUGGGGCAGUGCGCUUGGUGAUUUUGCGAGCUUUCUUUUCAACAGACAUUGGCCCUAACAAGAAUCCUGGAAGAGCAGGCCGUCGAAUAUGCGGCAAGCACGCGAAGCGGCCAAGAUGCGACCAGUUCAUCAUGUCGCCCUCGUCUCCAAUUUCAUCGUCAUCGUCGUCGUCGUCAUUUCCUCUACGUCGUGAAACCGCUCUACGAUGCCGUUGUGUGUUUGACAGCUCUGCCGCGUUGUCAUCUGCGAUUCCACCACCCUGUCGCAUAUAUGUGAUGGCCUUGGAAACAAAUUCAUCCACAUCUAUUCCUCGAGAUAGACUGCCCUGGGUGAGACGCAGAGUUUUGCGAUAA